AUGGGUCUCAGCCCCCAGGGAGUUGCUAUCUUGCUCUGCCUUCUAGCAUGUACUGGGAACUCUACCCACGGAUGCGACGGCAGAGCCUUGAAAGAGAUCAUCCACAUUUUGAACCAGGUCACAGAAAAAGGGACGCCAUGCACCGACAGAAUGAACGUAUCAGACAUCCUUACAGCGAGAAACGACACCACGGAGAGGGAACUUAUGUGCAAGACUUUCCAGGUGCUUCACAAGUUCUAUAUCCCACAUAAGGAGACUCUGUGCUUGGCGAACAAUCCCAGGCUUCUCAAAGACCUGAAAAGACUCAUCAGGAGCAUCCGCGGCCUGUCUCCAUCGCCGAAAAACUGCACUGUGAAUGAGUCCACGCACACAACACUGACAGACUUCUUGGGAAGCCUAAAAAGGAUCAUGCAAAGGAAUUACUGGCUGUGUGGGAGCUCCACGUCUUAA